AUGAUCAACCUCACUGUGUUCUUCGACAUCACCAUGGACCUUGAGCCCUUGGGCUGUAUCUCCUUUGAGCUGUUUGCAGACAAAGUUCCAAAGACAGCAGAAAAUUUUCAUGCUCUGAGCACUGGGGAGAAAGGAUUUGGUUAUAAAGGUUACUGCUUUCACAGAAUUACUCCUGGGUUUAUGUGCCAGCAUGGUGACUUCAUAUACCAUAAUGGCACUGGUGGCAAGUCCAUCUACGGGGAGAAGUUCAAUGAUGAGAACUUCAUCCUGAAGAAUACAGGUCCCAACAUCUUGUCCAUGGCCAAUGCUGGACCCAACACAAAUGGUUCUCAGUUUUUCAUCUGCCCUGCUAAGACUGACUGGUUGUAUGGCAACCACGUGGUCUUUGGCAAGGUGAAAGAGGGCAUGAAUAUCAUGGAAGCCCUGGAGUGCUUUGGGUCCAGAAAUGGCAAGACCAGCAAGAUCACCAAUGCCAACUGCAGACAAGUCUAA